GAGGUAGGGAAAGGGAGGAUCCAGACAUCGUCGGCGGGAAGGGUUACUAAACCAUCUCCUAGCCAAUGCGAAGCGAGACAAAUCCUUGCGGACUGGGGCUUAGAGUAUGGGGAUUCUGUAUGGGGUUGAGUUCUUAAUCCCCACUAGCUAUACUUACCCCAAUUUAUCUCCAUCCCCAACUUUGCAAUGGAUAGGUGCGGGAUGGAGACGGAACAAAAUCGACCGAAACCAUAAGAGCUUUCGAACCUCAGCUCUUUUCUUUUUGGUCUUCCUCUUGUUUCAUGUUUUCGUUUUCUCUGUCAUGAGAUUCGGUGUAUACGUUCCUUGUAGUUGUUUCUUUGACUUGCUUGGAAAAUUCAACCUGUAAGUCUCGAAUUCGAUCCCAGGGCGGUGAAUUGGCCAACUAGCUCCGUUGUCGGGGACAGUGAGACAAAAUGGCGGACAAACUUAUCAGUACUGCUGAAGUUGCGAAGCACACCACGGCAGAGAGCUGCUGGGUGACGCUAUACGGCAAAGUCUACGAUAUAACAGAAUUCCUGCCAUCACAUCCCGGCGGCUCCAGGGUCAUUCUCCAGCUCGCGGGUCAUGAUGCCACCGAAGAGUACGACCCCAUCCAUCCGCCAGGGACGUUGGAAGAGAAUCUGAAACCCGAGGCCUUGCUCGGGUCAAUCGACCCGGCGACCAUUGAGGAAGCACCCAAAAAGGAGAACACGAAGUCUAAGUUGGAAGACGAGGGCCCGCCACCAAUGGGGACGUUGCUGAACCUCGAUGAGAUUGAGCAGGUGGCCAAGAAGCAGAUCUCGGAAAAGGCAUGGGCGUACUACUGGUCCGCAAGCGACGACCUGUGGUCCAAAUCGAAUAAUAACUCGGUGUACCGGGAUAUUCUACUGCGCCCUCGUGUCUUCGUUGACUGCACGGCGUGCGACAUCACGACGACGCUGCUAGGCGAGCACAAGGUGGGCUUACCGAUCUUCGUCUGUCCCGCCGCCAUGGCGCGUCUCGCACACCCGGACGGCGAGCAGGGCAUUGCGCGGGCGUGCUCGCGCUUCGGCGUCAUGCAGAUCAUCUCAAACAACGCGUCAAUGACACCUGAGCAGAUCGUGGCAGACGCGAAACCGGGGCAAACGUUCGGGUGGCAGCUGUACGUGCAAAACGACCGUGCCAAAAGCGAGGCCAUGCUCGCCCGUAUCAACAAGAUGUCCGAGCACUACAAGUUCAUUUGCUUAACGCUGGACGCCCCUGUGCCGGGCAAGCGCGAGCUUGACGAGCGGCAAGGCUUCAAGAACGCAUCGCGCGUCUCCGUCGCCGCCAAAGGCAAGAACGAGCCUGAGAGACCCGGUGGUGGCGGCGUCGGCCAGCAGCUCUUCUGGGGCACGGCGGCCGAUCUCACGUGGAAGAUCACGCUGCCCUGGCUCGCGAAGCACACAAAACUGCCCAUCGUCCUCAAAGGCAUCCAGACGCACGAGGACGCAUAUCUAGCUGCUAAGUACGCCCCCCAAGUCAAGGGCAUAAUCUUGUCGAACCACGGAGGACGCGCGUUAGAUACGGCGCCGCCGGCGUUGCACACUUUGCUCGAGAUCCGGAAGUACUGCCCCGAGGUCUUCAGCUACAUCGACGUAUGGGUCGACGGGGGCAUCAAGCGCGGCACGGAUGUCGUCAAGGCGCUUGCGCUUGGGGCCAAGGCCGUGGGUGUUGGACGGGCGGCGUUAUUUGGCCUCGGCGCUGGUGGCCAGGCGGGUGUUGAACGAACAUUCGAGAUCCUCGAAGCUGAAACUGCAACCUGUAUGAAGUUGCUCGGUGUAAAAAACCUUGAAGAGCUGGGCCCGAAACACAUGAACACCCGGAAAGUCGAGCAGGAUAUAUUCGACGGUGAUGCGAACCUAGACAAGGUUGGUAUGUGGGAGAAGGUCAGGUCGAAGUUGUAAGCUUUACUAUAUCUAUAAUGAGAGGCUUUCGAGCCCUGGUGUAUUGAGCCUUGCAGUUCAUGUAUAUGGGAGCCUGGAUAUAAGACAAACUACUAAAACACCUAUGCAAUUAU